ACAAAGGAAUGUUUGAAUCAAAUUUUAAACAUUAUUAAACUUUUUCUGUAGUGGUUGUUGAGUAUGUGGUCCAUGUACAAGUCCCAACAUAUACUCAUAGGGUUGGUGAACACUUCUGUAGUUGGUUUAUGGUGUUUUUUUAGCCACCAGAGUCUUGCUUUUGCUAAUGUGGCUGUAUUGUAAUUAUAUGUAUAGUAAUAUUGCCAUACACCUUCACCUUUUAAAAUUGAUACUUUUCCUUUACUGUAGUUAGAUCUAUUCGGAGAGAAGCAGGUUGAGUGAGUAGGUGGCUGCAGGACAUGAGGUGUGUCCUGGUCUAAUGUUUUAAGUAAUCAAAGUACCAUAGCAUAUUAGAAGUAGUUUAAAAUUGGCACGUUACAGGACAUGUCCUCAUUUUAUUUCCUUCAGUUGUAUUUCAUAGCUCCAGAGGGUUUGUAACUGAACGAUUAAGCGUUCCCUAUACCUCCCUGUUCCAUACAAUGCUUCUGACAAUAGGAUGUAGCUGGUGAUACCCUCAGCAAGAAUACAUCUCUUUUUUUUUGAACCUUGUGGUUGCUUGGAGCAUAAUGAUUUUACUGUACGGUACUUUCACUCGAGUAUUUUGUGAGCUUGUGUGGGCAAACAUGAGGCCCAGCAGGGCCUAUAAAAUUAUGGUUGUUUUCUGUAUCUGCAGGUCAAUCAGUGAACUAAGCCAGACGGAUUUGGGCACACCUGAUCCUUUGAUGUUGCUAACUGCUGGAAACGAUUGUGCUGCCUUAUGGGAUUUUUGCCACCAUUACCCUAACCUCACCAUUAACUAGGUGGAUCAAAGUCUCUUUGCUUUCCUGGAUGUAGUGCGCUGCUAUUUUGUGGAGCUGAUGACUGUGGAGGGUAAGGCGAGGUAGAAAGUGGUAGAUAGAAAGGGGACGGACAGACCCAAGCAGGCAACAGAAGCUGAACCAGAGGAUUGCUACUGUUCUAGGCCUAUUACAGGUAUCCUGAGCGCACAAUGACUGAGCGCUUUGACUGCCACUAUUGCAAGGAUUCCCUGAAUGGGAAGAAGUACAUCCAGAAAGAUGACCACCCUUGCUGUGUGAGAUGCUAUGAAAAAUUUGUUGCCAACACUUGUGCCGAAUGUAAGAAACCAAUUGGUUGUGAUACCAAGGAGUUGCACCACAAGGGCCGUUACUGGCACGAGAACUGUUUCCAGUGCCACAAGUGCCGCCGCUCUCUGGCUAAUGAGUCAUUUGGUCUCAAGGAUGAAAAGAUUAUUUGCACCAAAUGCAGCAGUCGGGCUGACAGCGGUGUUUGUCAUGGCUGCAAGAGAGCCAUCAGACCAGGAACUAAGAGUGUUGAAUACAGUGGAAAUAACUGGCAUGAGAACUGCUUUGCCUGCAGUCGCUGCUUGCAGCCUCUUGGAUCUCAGAGCUUCAUUCCAAAGGGAGAUGAGGUUUUCUGUGUUACCUGCCAUGAAAAGAAAUUUGCAAAGCAUUGUUACGGCUGCAGAAAGGCAAUCACUAGCGGAGGAGUGAGCUACCAUGAUCAGCCCUGGCAUUCGGAGUGUUUUGUCUGCAAAACAUGCAGGAAGCAACUCUCUGGACAACGUUUCACUGCCCAUGAGACCUCCAUGUACUGCGUCGAUUGCUACAGCAGUUUCGUUGCCAAGAAGUGUGCCGCAUGCCACAAGGCAGUGACUGGAUUUGAAGGAGCCCAAGUUGUAACUUUUGAAGACCGUCAAUGGCACAGUGAAUGCUUCAUCUGUAAGAAGUGUUCUAUUUCUUUGGCUGAAAAGCGCUUUAUCAAUCACAACAGGGAUGUCUACUGCACCGACUGUGGCAAAACCCUGUAAAACACAGGAUUGAUCUGCUGCCCUGAAAACUAAAUGCUGAUUGAAGUAGCAUUUAUUGCUGACUUCAGUGUUUAUGUUAACUCUAGUUCUGCUUAACAUUUAAAAUCGGAUAACAAUAAGAUACUGUUUGGUGAAUUAGUGUAGAAAGACAUAUUAACCUUCAUAAUUAUAUUCAGCAAUGCACGCAAGCCAUAUUGAUAAUUCCUCUAAGCAAUAAUCAACAUCUGCAGGUCAAAUGUAUUGAAAUGGAAUUUCGUAUAGGGCUAUAGUUUUUUCCCCACCAUUCUAUGACUUUGCAGAUGGAUCUUGAACUAGCUGUGAGGUGGGAGAAUGCAAUUUACUUCUUAGAUUUACAGAAAUUGCUUCUAGUCAUCUGAACAGAAAUUUUAGUUAGUGGAUUGAUUCUGUUUGCUGCAAAUAUUAAUGGGUUUUUAGAACCAAUUUUAUUAACCUGUAGCUUAACCAGAGUGCGCAUUUUCUGUUGAAACAAUGAGUGCUGCAGUUAGAAACCUCCAUCCUGAAGAUUAUUAAAUCCUUUAAUUAAAUGCAACAUUUUCAAAUUUAAUUCAAACUAAGAUAUUAAUCUAAGUAGUUUAGUAGAAAGUGCUUUGUAUUAAAUGACUAAUAUUUUCUAAUUUAGAUUUUGAAAAUGCUACAGACUAAAAAAAAACUUGUUAAAGGUUUUAAUGGAACUCAAUUAAUCAUUUGAGACCCAGAUGCAUGCAGGGUCCUACAACUCAACAUAUCAUACAUGAAUCUUGCUGGAAACAUGUUCCAAAUGUAAUAAAAUAAUAAACCUAAAA